AUGUCGCGAUUGAUUUCACAGAUUUUGCUGGUCACGGUGGCCGGCGCUCCAAAGGAGGUAGUGCCCCGAACCGAGUUGUCUCAUCCGUGUCAUCGCAGCAUCUCGCGACAAGUUCGAAAGCAGGUCGAGAAGGAGAUCUUGAAGCCUGCGGAACGCGCAGGGAUCAAGGAAUGGCCUGCUGCCUGUCCCUUGGCGCCUGCGCGUGACCUCUGGGCCGGACAGGAGAAGCAUAAAAGCCGCAAGCGGAGCACGACGGGCAUGUGGACCUGCGGUUACUGCCAGAAGGAGACAAAAGGAAAAGUGGUGACCCUAGGCCAGAUGGCAGCUCCGAUCCAAUCAGCCUGGGUAGUUGCACAGUUUCAGGUUCACCGGGCACAGGCCGAAGGCCUCCAGGUGAUAGCUGAGGAAAUUUUGUGUAACCAUUUUGCCACGGUGUUCAGGGAUGCUGCGUUUAGCAGACCAGACAUCAUUGCCACCAAUGCUUGUCAGAAUUUCGCCAACAGGGUCUACAGCUGUUUGCUUGCUUCUGCAGCGGCCCAAAGUGGCCCUCAGAAAUCCAUCAGUGUUGACGAGAAACAAGAACGAGAAAACAGCCAGCGGAAAGGACGCGAGAACCUUCCAAGGACAGCGCCCAUUGGGGCCCACAAACAGCCAGCGGACCAGUCGCAAGAACUGAGAAGAAAUGAGGAAAACCAGCCAGCGACCAGGACGCAAGAACCUGGCCCUCCUAUGGUUUUGCAGGCCAUGCCAAGUGGUCACCCGAAGGUCAUUGGCCCCUCCCCCCUUGAGAAAGGCCCCUCUAGGAAGCCCUGCUCACCGAGCAGUGUUGACAAGGAUGGGGUUGUUGUUGACCACCUGGACAAACAGCCAACGACCAGGACGUCAGAACCUGGCCCUCCCAUGUGUUUGCAGGCUAUGCCAAGUGAUCACCCGAAGGUCAUUGGCCCCUCCCCCCGAGAAAACAGCCCUGGCCCCUUGCCCUGCUUUCCUGGCAGUGUCAGCAAUUUGCAAGUAGGUUUGGAGAAUGAAAAGGGUGGAGAACGCUCAGUUGCCAAACAAAUGCAUAGGGAACUUUUCCAAAAGCAGUCCAAGCAGAAAGGGACUCCUUCCAGUCGUGAUGAUGCAGGGAAAAUUCAUGAACCGAAUGGAACAAAGGCCAAGCACUGGUCAGAUCCAGGUAGUUCAUCCACUUGUGUUGUGGGGGCAUUGCAGCUUUUGCCACAGGAAUUAGCUCAGGCCGCCGUUUUGGCAGAAGCAGACCAAGCAUCCGAUGCACCGGAGAAGGGGAAACACACAGUACAGCUCUUCCUAGAAGACUUUGCACAGCCAUGUUUGAUCCAGAUGUCCAAAGACGCCACAGUCGGAUCGAUUACUGUUGCUGAGGAGAAACUGGGAACCUUGACUCAACCGAUCCAUGUCUGUUCUUGCAUUGGUACUGCCCUCAAGCUGUCAGAACCGAUCACUCCAUAUCAACAGAUCUUCUUGCGUGAGACUCAUUCCGCUGAGGCAGGGAUCUCUGGGAUGUUGCCACCUUUGCUGCAAUCGACAGUUCCCACCACCAGAGCUCAGGUGUUGUUCAACCAACAAGCAUGGGUCGCGGUUGAUGAAAUGGAUUUUUACUUGGGGAUGCUCAACUCCACUGGAGCUUUGAAAGCAGUAGGACCAUGUGCCAUGCCUCAACACACAGAGGAUGAUGAGCUAGAAAACAUGAUGCAACAAUGGUUUUCAGAACUGCUGCCCACUACCGAUCACCAAGGACCAGCCAUUUCUGCGUUGCUUGUUGACCAACAUUGGUUUCCCGUGAUUGUGACUCCACAGGUUGGCAAGGUGUUGAUUUCGACCACGCUUGGUGGUCAGGGUUGGGUAGAAUUUGCAGUCCGAUCACAAGGGGUUGAAUACACAAUCCAGCCAGUUCAACAUUCCUUUGUCACCCAUUUCAACAAUGAUUGUGGUUUCAAAGUUGUAGCCUGGCUGACCGAAGCUUUGUUUACCCCUGAUUUUGGAGAGCCUUUGCACCGGGUCAAACCAAUCGACACCACCACUGCCAUUGCAUGGAGAGCGAUGUUUGAAUUCCAUCUUCACAACAACAGCCUCAUUGACCAUGUUGUGAUUCCGGCUGACAUGCAUUUUGGGGGAACUACCAAUGGUGAUGUCACAAAGAAGUUUGAAGAUCUCCUGAUCGAUCGAGGGGUCCCAGCUACAGUAGCACCUGAUCGUGCAGCAGCCAUAAUGGAUAAACUGGGGCGGCUUCAGAUUGCCAAGGCUAUCCGGGGAUCAGCAGCAUGGAAGGAAAUCAAACAGCUAGCCAACCUUGCCUCCCCCAAAGUUCAGCUUGUUUUGCCGUCUGAAAUGCAGGAAGCAGUGCAAAACCGUAUUUCCAAUGGGAAACCUUUUGGGGACAAGAAGAAGAAAAUCCAGUCAGAGAAGAAGCCAAAGAAAGCUGUUCAGGUCAAGCCAGAAGACAUCAGCAUCCAAGAAGGCAUUUUUCGCGAUGCCCACAAUGGGAACAUUGGCCAGCUUCAAUUUUGCAACAUGGGUCCUGAAGCCAGAGGGGUCGUAGUGGUACAAGCUGAGCAAGCCAUCCCAUAUCUGCGUUUUGCACAACCCUUUUCAAAGCAUGCGUUGGCGAUGAUUGUGGUUGACCAUCAGAACCCAAUUGUCAAUGGAGCGGGUGAAGAAAUCAGGUUUCCGGCCAGAUGUGAAAGAACAGCUGAACCAAUCAUCCUUUCAGCACGCAUGAUCCAACUUGGAGCAGUUGAGGUUUGCCGGGUAGCCCCGACCAAUGCCACCCAGGUGGAUGAAGUUUGUUCAGUUGUACUUCGCACUUGCACCUAUAGGGAUGAAUUGCAGCCGGGAGUUUGGGACAAGUUUGUAGCAAGGCCAAUCAAAUGCAUAGUGGAUGACUUGCAGCUUUUGCAGCCAGAUUCGCAGGGUCAACCAAAGAGCCGUGCCCCCAAUGGGAAAGGUGUCAUUUGGGAGGUGCAGGCAGUUGCCAAACCACAGUUUGAGGUCUACCAACUGGCACAUGCGGACAUUUUGAUCACACAAGUCGAGAAGAAAUCAUACAAAAGAAAAUACCAAGGGCCCACCAAAGUCAGCCGGACUCAGACGCCCCAUGAACUUGCCCCAGAGCAGAUUGACCUCUUGGCAACUAAGGUUCAACAGAGGAUUCAAGGGGUGAAGCCACUCCUCCCAGAAGGUGAACUUUCUGACACUGCCAUGGGGUCAGAGGAUCGACUCAGCCAAUUGGAAGACCGACUCACACAGAUGGAGGUCACAAUGCAAGAUCAGCAAGCCAAGCAAACUCAGGUCAACAACGACCUGGUGCAUCAAAUCGGCAUGGCUCAGCAACAGGCAGAGAAGCAGCCACUUGCAAUCCACAGUCACAUCGACAACAAAAUGCAGGAACAGUUGAACCAUAUCGAAAGGAGGGUUUUGUACAGCGUCACCGAAAGCGAGGCCGAGAUAGAAGCAGUGGAAGCACUUGCCCCCUUGGCUCAGGCUUGUCCAGUUUUGUAG